AUGCGUGAAUAUAAAAUCGUUGUGCUUGGAAGUGGUGGUGUUGGUAAAUCAGCAUUGACUGUGCAGUUCGUUCAAGGAUUAUUUGUGGAAAAAUACGAUCCAACUAUUGAAGAUAGUUAUCGCAAACAAGUCGAAGUGGAUGGACAACAAUGUAUGCUGGAAAUUUUAGAUACGGCUGGUACAGAACAAUUUACAGCUAUGCGAGAUUUAUACAUGAAAAAUGGUCAAGGCUUUGUACUUGUUUACUCAAUAACUGCUCAAUCGACAUAUAAUGAUCUGGUUGACUUACGCGACACAAUUCUUAAAGUGAAAGAUACAACUGAUGUUCCAAUGGUUCUUGUCGGAAACAAAUGUGAUCUUGAAGAUGAACGUGUUGUUGGCAAAGAAGUUGGCCAAACAUUAGCACGAAACUGGAGCUCAACAUUUCUUGAAACAUCGGCUAAACAGAAGAUCAACGUGAAUGAGAUCUUUUUCGAUCUCGUACGUCAAAUAAACAAACGAACACCAGUUAAUAAAGAUAAGAAAGCCAAAGGUAAAGGAUCUAGUCAAGUAGGAAAUGCCUAUUCAUCAUCAAUGGACAAGCAUGGUUUCGAUAAUUUACAAGCCAAUCAAGCAUCUAAUAACUCAAGAGAUAAGCAAAAUUGUUGUACACUUUUAUAA